ACCGGUAUUGACGAUCGAUCGCUGCGCGUUUACACCAACUUUACUAACGUUCGGGUCCUUUUACGUUUAGCGCAGAGAAUAGCGAAUUUUUACAAACAAUGGUUAUAGAAACUUGGAAACAGUCAGGAAUUGCAACCAAAUUUCCUACUUACAGAAAUUCGAAACUUAUCACAACAAAAGGAUGGCUCUUGGGCAAACAAAAUGACGACGAAGCGGAAGGCUUAUGGCGAAUAUAUGAUGGAAUUUAUGAUUUCACGGAAUUCAUUAAUGAGCACCCAGGGGGCGAAUUUUGGUUAAUAGAAUCGAAGGGCACCGACAUUACCGAGGCAUUUGAGGCCCAUCAUAUCUCCAAGGGUCCCCAUAAGUUACUUCAAAAAUAUAAAGUUCGUGAUGCCAAAAACCCGCGCAUUUAUACCCUCACUUUACAUGAAGAUGGAUUCUAUAAGACUUUGCGCGAACGUGUUCGUGAAACACUAAAAACCAUUGAUACCACUCCGAAGAAGAAAAGUGAUCUAAUACACUUAUCAUUAUUUGUGUCCAUAUAUAUUUUCGCUGUAUUAAGCGCUCGCCUGAAUAGUAUACUCUGCUUAGCGCUGGCCGGCACAGCACUUUGUUGGACUACCAUUGUGGCGCAUAACUAUUUCCACAGGCGAGACAACUGGCGGAUGUACACUUUUAAUAUGAGUAUGAUGAACUUCUGCUCGUGGCGCAUUUCUCAUGCACUCUCCCACCAUAUUUACCCAAAUUCAUAUUUAGAUUUGGAAUUGUCAAUGUUUGAGCCGCUUGUUUGCUGGAUCCCCAAUCCUUAUAUAAAGAGCAAGAUGAUGCGUUACCUCUCAAUCAUCACAGAGCCAUUGACUUAUUGUAUUGCUUUUCCAUUACAAAAGGCAACCAGAAUUAUUUACUCCCUACGUUAUAACAACAUCAUGUACUGGCAUGAUAUUUUGUCGCUCAGCAUACCACUAACAAUAUUUCUGUUCUCUGAUCUCUCAUUGCUUUUAUCGCUGCGUCAGUGGGUAUUCAUCACCAUGAUUGCUAGUUUUGCUUUCUGCGUUAUUGGCUUAAAUGCUGCUCAUCACGACCCAGAGAUCUAUCACGAAGGUGAUGCUGCUCGUGAAGAUCGUGAUUGGGGUCUUUUUCAAGUAGAUACUAUUAUCGAUCGUGGGGACUUGAAGGGUUCGCAAUUCCUGGUUUUAACACAUUUCGGCGAUCAUAUUUUGCAUCAUUUGUUCCCUACUUUGGAUCACGGAAUUUUGCCUCAACUCUAUCCGGUUCUAUAUGAAACUCUCGAUCAGUUUAAGGGGAAAUUACGUGAGUGCAAUCAUUUGGAACAUAUGCUGGGACAGCAUAUGCAAUUGCUGCGUACCACGCCGAACACAAAGCCUCAGGGAUCUUAAAAUUAAGCAGUGAUACUAGAAAGAAUUGCGUUUAAAAUAAAGUUUACAUUACUUGAAUAACUUCUAUAAUCAAUUUCACAACAAA